CCUCUUCCCAAAUUCCCAUUUCCCCUUUACCUAUAUCAAAACCCUAUAGAUUCACGAUGAUCGCUAUUCGCUAAUUAUUUCUCUCUCUCCAAUCUCUUAUUGAGUUUCUGCAAGCUUGUAAUGUUCUAUUUUUUAAUUUCGGCGUAUCAGAAUCUCAAGUCUAAAAUUUUCCGAGUUUCCUUUUGAAGAUCGAUCGAUUGUAGGAUUAUUUCCUGAAGGUUUACUUUUGCUCGCGUUUCAAAAGAUGGAGAUCGGGCCGACUGAUUUGUAAGGAGCGAUUCUUUUAGUAAAACAAUCGAAGAUUCCGUGUGAAUUUGAUGAUCUAAGAGCAAAGGAGCUUUUUCAUUAUUCCCUCCGAUUUGCCCUAAACUUCUGGUUUAGCUGAGAAAUUCGAUUUAUUGGAAUACAGCGUGAAGAAAUUGUCAGAGUUGAUUUCUCCGAGACAAAUUUUGCAUCGAAGAAGAAUCGAGUUUGGUUCGGUUUCUCUUAGAAUAAGGGGAAAAACUUGUACUGUUUAUAUUCUUUUUUUUAUUGAAUAUCAGGCCUAAUUUUGUUUGGAAGGCCAAUAAAAAGUUCAUAAUUUUCUUGUGUUUUUUUUAUAAAAUUAUUAUUAUUUUUAUUAUUAUUACUAUUUUCUCAAGGAAACAAACGUAAAAAAUGGCUGUUUAUUACAAAUUUAAAAGUGCGAGAGAUUUUGAUUCAAUUUCCAUGGAUGGUCCGUUUAUAAGUGUUGGUACUUUGAAAGAAAAAAUAUUUGAAUCAAAGCACUUGGGCAGGGGUACAGACUUCGACCUCGUUGUCACUAAUGCCCAAACUAAUGAAGAAUAUCUGGACGAAGCAAUGUUAAUCCCGAAAAAUACUUCCGUAUUAAUUCGUCGGGUUCCUGGAAGGCCUCGCAUGCCCAUUAUUGCUGCACCAGAGCCCAAGGUGGCAGAUCAGAUUGAGAAUGCUCAACCAGAAAAGAGUAACUUCCUGGAUGCUGAUUCAUCUGUUCCAAAAUAUCCCGAAGACUCAGAAUGGGAUGAAUUUGGGAAUGAUUUGUAUUCAAUCCCUGAAACACUACCAGUCUUGUCAAGCAAUCCACUUCCUGAUGCUCCCCCUACUGAUAAAGCUGAUGAGGAAAGUAAGAUUAAGGCUUUAAUAGAUACUCCUGCCUUGGAUUGGCAGCGCCAAGGUGCAGAUGGCUUUGGACCUGGUAAAGGCUUUGGAAGGGGUAUGGGUGGAAGGAUGGGUGGACGUGGUUUUGGAUUGGAGCGCAAAACGCCUCCUCAAGGCUAUGUUUGUCACCGUUGCAAGGUGCCUGGGCAUUUUAUUCAACACUGCCCCACAAAUGGUGAUCCGAACUAUGAUAUUAAAAGGGUGAAGCCUCCAACUGGCAUUCCAAAGUCGAUGCUAAUGGCAACUCCAGAUGGCUCUUACGCUUUGCCAAGUGGAGCGGUUGCGGUUUUGAAACCCAAUGAGGCUGCCUUUGAGAAAGAAAUUGAGGGCUUGCCUUCCACUCGUUCUGUUGGUGACCUUCCACCUGAACUCCACUGCCCACUGUGCAAGGAAGUAAUGAAAGAUGCUGUUCUAACUAGCAAAUGUUGUUUUAAGAGUUUUUGUGAUAAAUGUAUAAGGGACUACAUUAUCUCAAAGCUGAUGUGUGUAUGUGGGGCGACCAACAUACUCACUGAUGAUCUUCUUCCAAAUAAAACCUUACGAGAUACCAUUAAUCGUAUAUUGGAGUCUGGUAACAGCAGUGCUGACAAUGCUGGAAGUACUUUUCAAGUUCAAGAUAUGGAAUCUGCACGGGGUCCACAACUGAAAAUUCCAUCUCCUACUACAUCUGCUGCAUCUAAGGGAGAGCAGAAACCAGUAUCUGCCAAGGAAGAAAGUCCUGAUGUUAAGGAUAAAGCUAAUGAGUUGAACAAAGCUAUUCCCGCACAGCAGAUCUUGGAGAAAGUAACGACAACUAAACUAGCUGAGGCAUCUGAAGCUACGCUGGAGUCAAUGAGUGUGAAGGAGCCUGCAUCACAAGGGAGACUUGUGGAGGAAGAAGUGCAACAGAAGGUGGCUUCUGGAGAGGCAGGAAAGAAAAAGAAAAAUAAGAAGGUUCCUUUGCCAGCAAGUGACUGGCAGUGGAAAACCUCUCAGGAUCUUGCAGCUGAGAACUAUAUGAUGUCUAUGGGUCCCUCUGCCUAUAACCCUUACUGGACUGGUAUGCAGCCUGGGAUGGAUGGAUUUAUGGGUCCUUAUACUGGAGUGAUGCCCUAUAUGGGUGGGUAUGGACUAGGUCCAAUGGACAUGCCAUUCGCAGGUGUCAUGCCUCCAGAUCCUUUUGGUGCUCAAAAUUAUAUGUUUCCUCCCAUCCCACCCCAGAGAGAUCUUGCGGAGUUUGGAAUGGGUAUGAAUGUUGCCCCACCUAUCAUGAGCAGAGAGGAAUUUGAGGCUAGGCAAGCUGCUUUGAUUAGGAAGCGUGAAAAUGAGAGACGAGGUGAAAGGGAGAUGUCUAGAGAUCGGGAAUUUGGUAGGGAAGUGAGCAGCAGUGCUGAUGUUUCGUCACUGAAGUCAAAAUCCAAGCCUAUUCCACAAAUGUCAGGUGGUAAUCGUCGCCAUGAGCAUCUUCGGCAUCGAUCAGAGAGGACUUCACCAGAACGUUCCUUACGGGACUAUGAAGCACCUCCACGCCCUUCAAAGAGGAAAGCUGACCAGAAUCAUGACGUUGAAUGUGAUUAUGACCAUAACUAUGAUGAUCGUGAUCGUGAUCGCCAUCAUCAUCAUCAUCAUCGCUCCGAGUCUUCCAAGCUUGAGCCUGAACAAGCACACAAAUUAACUUCCACGACUACAUCAGGAACGGAUAAGAAGUCAAAGCCUAGUGUGUUUUCUCGCAUUAGCUUUCCAGAAGAAAUUAGCAAGAAACGGAAGAUAUCUUCUGAUGAACCUGCGUCCUCUGGCCAUCACAAACCAUCCUCCAAUGGAUAUGAUUACAAGACAUCAUCGGCCACUGCCAAGGCGGUUUCUACUACAAGUGGUGGUGGGAGGAAGAGCAGUAGUAGCAAUGCUGUAGAUUAUGAGUCCAGUGACGAUGAUAGACAUUUCAAAAGGAAACCAUCAAGGUACGAGUCAUCUCCACCACAAUCAGCCGAGUGGGAAGAGAAACCAUGGCACUCAAGAGGAUCAAGGGAGCGUAGCAGCAAUAGUAAACACAGAUAGAAUAAGAGGUAGUAGUAGUAGUAGUGCUUGUUACUGAAGUAGCGUAUGCUCGCUCUGGAAUUGCUAUCGCAUAGCUUUGCACCAGUAUGCUACUAUUAAGUCCUAAUGGAAGGAUUUGUGGAGAAAAUAAUACAAUUUGUUUUUGCUUUGUAUUUUACAAUCCUAGUGGCUCUAAUA